AUGACUUUCAAGUGGGAGAUACAUAAACCCUUGAUUAGGCGGCUCUAUAUAGAUGAGGGAAGGACUCUCGAUGAGAUUCAAGAUUUUAUGAAAACAGUUCACGAUUUUACCCCAAGUCGUCGAUCAUGGCAGCUCCAUAUCUCCCGAUGGGGUUUCAAAAAGAAGCACAAAACUGAAAUUUACGACGAGAAACUCGUGGCGCGUGUCAAAGAACUAUGGGGCAAGAACUUAUCGCACCCCGAGAUUCUGGAGAUUGUGGUCAAGGAAGGGGGAUGGAAGAUCGAUACCCGCGAUCUCAAACAGAUCCGGGCCCAGCACAAGCUUUCUCUUCGCAUCUCCCGGCCAUUAGUAGCAGCAGGCGAUACGUCAUCUACUCCUGCAAAGGAGCAGCCUUCUUCCCACCAAAUCACCCCAGUUCAGCCAGCCGCGGCCAUUCUCGCAGAGACCCAAUUUGAACCCGUCAUACAGCCUGGGUCCCAAUCAGAGAGACGGGGAAGAGCGCGCCAUUCCCAAAAACCAGACGGUACAUCAUCUAGGUUCCCUUCAGAAAUGACAAUCGAGGAGGCCCGCCUGCUUUUAAGCCUCGACGACGCUCAAUAUCAGCAACUAGCCUCACAGUUUAGAAACAGCUGUCAGCAAAACGGGAUUCUGAAGAAGACUUCUGUCUCGUCUGAACUGUGGGAAACUCUAAAGGGCCAACUUAUUUCAGAUAUUCCGCAAUUACAAAGGGCCUUGGUGAGAUUCCCCGACAAUUUGGAAAUGAAGACGUUGGCCCUGGAAAUCAUCUGCUCAAAUGUCACCAAGCGAAUACGUGUGGCGACGAAAAAGAUUAGCCUCCCAGAAGCAAAAAACAUCCUGGGGUUGAACCCUAAUGAAGCGAGGAAGAUGCGGGAGGCCUUAUGCGAAGUGCUUCGCGAUGCGAAUUGCAGCUAUAAAUCCGACGUCACAGCCACUGAAUGGAGGCAGCUUAAAAAGCAAUGGGGGGAGAAAUGCGAGGCAGUGCAACGGGCAAUCGACCUCAGCCCUGAUCAUGUUGACUAUAACAAAACCUAUCGCGCGAUUGAACUCCUUGCCAAAAACGUAAUUGCAAGAAUUCAGCAAACCCAAAAGCAAAACGGCGAGUACGUACCCCAUCACAAGCAGAAGCAGCCUACAGUUCCAAUAUCACAACGUUCGAACGUUUCGUCUAUGCUUGACGCCGGCAACUCACAGGUGGCUGGCGGCGAUCCUAUUGGGCUCCUAAGUAACACUGGACCCGAGAACGAACCAAGUUACAAUACGAUGGCCUCACAAAACCUGCAGUCUCGUUAUGGUCGGACCGCGACUAAGCUACCAGCAGCCGGUGGCGUCCUCAGAACCGUAGGUCAAACAUCCGCCUCUCAUGCCCACGUUACAGUUUCUGGCAUGCCGGACCUGUCGGCUACAGAUCACCAAGUCCCCUCUGCGAUUCAGGAAGACUCUCAGCAGCAGUUUCUAUUCCAGGCUGCUGCGACUGCUUUCCAGAACACACAGCCGAUGCAAGUCGAACCGGUGGCUGCCUACUUCCGCCUGCAUCUGGCAUCUGGUUUCCCUACAGCCCCUCUCUGGAUCGCGACCAUGAAUGAACCAUCUGUCAUGGAAGUGAGGAGGAUAGUGUCAGAAAGACACCCUGAUGCAUUCUGCGCUCGAAUAGAGGGCAUCGUGAAAGGUGGGAUGGGAGUAGAAGUGCCACUAAAGAUUGAAGACGACGAAGAGCUCAGAGCUUACAUGUCGCAUCUCCAAGGGGCUGCGCCCACCUUCCGCGUACAGCUGGUCUGGAAGCAGCCAUAA